AUUGAUGAGCACACACAGCUAAGUUUGCCCGCAAUGCGCAUAGUGACGCCUUUCAGUUGACCUGCUUCAUCCGACUCAGGAGUCUCCAUCUGAACUUGAAGUCCGCAGGUCUUUGACCCACCAACCUUGAAGUCGACUUAGACGACAACAAUGCCCAAUCGCCUGAAUAAUUGGGCGUACUGGCAAGUCUGCGAUACCUUGCAACCCGCUCAUACUAGCAGCCCAUCCCAGAUGGCUCAAGGUAGUCUUGCGGGCGAAGACACCUUUGUAGCGCAAUACGUGACCGCGGUGGACGCGGCGGACGUUGGCAAAACGGACAGCUUCUGGAUGCUGCUCGAGACGGGUUCGACGAACUGGGAGUACGACCUCGUCGUGGAAAUUUUCCGCUCGCAUGUCACCUCCUGCGCAGUCCUGCCCCGGGCAGCCUCGGAGAUCAUCACACUGAUACGCAACUACAUCCUCGGUCCUCACGUAAUGCUUGAGGCAUCGCCCGACACCCCGCCUAUCCUUCCUGCGACUAGCUCGAUCCACCCGCAGCUGUAUAGGUUGCUGACACCGGACACGCCCCAGCCCGCAGUCGUCACGGCUGAGCGACCCCACGGAGGGGACUUUGAAAUCCGAUGCCAGUGGGACGGCUGCCACGGCUACCUCCCUGGUACUAGCAUAGCCAUACUCAAUCGACACCUGCUCCAAUACCACUUCGCAGACACAGAGGCCGAAUGGAAGCUGUCCACUGACAGGAUCCGAUGUCAGUGGGAGGGGUGUGGCCGACCAUUGUUCAAGCGCAUGAUCGCGAAACACGUCCGCAUCACGCACCUGCAGUGCGGCAAGGUUCGGUGCCAGCAUCCCGGAUGUAACUUCGCGACGUUCAGCCGCAAGGAUGCACUGACAAGGCAUGUGCAGGCUAUGCAUGGCGCUGGCAUUCGUGCGGAUAAUGGGACCGCCGGUGGUGUUCACUACACUAUGGGGGAGUACCCACUAGCACGGUAUGAAUCGUCUGUGGGUAUGUGGGGAAUCCAAGGAUAACUUAUGACAGUCUUACGUUCGGCCCUAUCAAUUGUACUUCGAAAUGGCAGACAUGAUAUGUAACUUAAGGUGGGACACGCUACUGC